AUGGACUCGGUUGCGGGACUGGAGCGGUCCCAAUCCCAGCAGAGUCAUCGGUCCAUCACCUCCCACCGCAGCACCACCGUCCGAGCCUCCAAAGCCCGCAAGCGCCUCAGCCAGCCCAGCAGCUCGGCCAGCAGCGUCGCCCCCAGCGACAAGUCCCUGACCAGCUUCCCCAGCUUCUCCCCAGAGUCCCCCGUCACCGAGCGAUUCGACGAGGACCGGUUCAAGACGGCAACCAUCCGAGAUCGCUCCGCCGACACCCGAGGUGCUAGAAGCGGCUCCAUUGUCGACAGCUUGACCGAACCGAGGGCUGCGAGGGACGCCCUCUUCGAGGAUGCUCCGCUGGCCAAGGCGCCCGGCGCGCUGCACCAGGCCGACAAUGCGCACAUCGAGCGGCUGGUGGCGAGACACGGCGCCGUGGGGUUGGUGAGGCAGCUUGCCGAGGACCUUGCCCAGCGAGACGGGCAAAUCUCGUUGUUGAGGAGGCGGGCGGACGAGCGCGAGAUGGCGCUUCGGAGGAUUAUCCGAGAAUGCGGGCUGUCGAAUCUGGAGCUGGAGACGAGGCUGCGCACGGUCGAGGACGAGCUCAGAAAGAACGGCCGGACGAGGAAUUGGGUCAACACGGGGCUGAGCGACAUGAUGACCGAUGCGAUGCAGGAUUCAAUGACGCGGCGUUCGCACGACGAGGAUGGGGAUUACAAGAAAUCAACGACUAUUCGAGCAAGUAACCAGAAUGGCAACAAUGCCAGCAAUAACGAUCAGAAAGACUGCAAGCCGGCGGAAAGCAGCGGCAAGGGGACCACGAGGGGCUGGAAGGAGUACUUCUGGGGCACCGGCACGACUAAGAAAUCGAACCGGGGCAGCAGCUUUCUCAGCGAGGGCGUCAAUUCGUCAACAAUGGUUCGCUCCCACUCGAGCUUGGAGAGGCGGCCGAUUCUCCAGGACGACCUUUUCAAGCCGCCAGACGCAGCUGAGAUACCACGGAGCGCUAGCAGGGCUUCAUUCUACUCGGCCAACAACACCGACAGGAAGCCAUCCAACUCGUUCGCCAGUAUGGCUCUGCGGCUGGUUGCGGGGGGUGCCAUCAGCGGCAGGGAAGCUGCUGCAGAGUCGAGAGGCCGUGCGGUCAGUAAUUCUACGCGCGCCGAUUCUCUGCGCGGUGCGUCUGCCUCGAGCAACAAGACGGCUCGAUCUGCGCGAACUGUCUCUGUGGCUGGAGGACCUAAGGCGCUGAUGGCCAUGCGUCGAUCCGCUACGCCCGUCCCGCAGGCACAGGCGGCGGCAUCACGAGCGCAAGCGGCAGACAUGUGGGAUUCUAUGGUUGGCACGUCCCCAGGAAACUCGGCGUCGCGACAGGAGAGCUACGGGCCGGUGGAAAUGGACGCCAUCCGAUCUCCCGAGUCGCAACCUCCGACUCUGACACACAUCUACAAGAACUAUGAUAACAGCGAGUAUUUGACGGAUCGGUUCGGCUUCAUCUAUGAUCAGCGACGGAAAAAGCGCCAACGAGAGGCGGCGCAGAUGGCCAGGCACGUCCGCAAGGGCAGUCGCCCGGAAAUGAUGCUCAACGGCCGCUCUGGAAUCUCUCCUAAUCUGAUUGACGACAUGCCUCCUACUAUGCGAAGCGUAUCGAGCGGAAGCCGGGCAGAUAGCCCGAUCAGCCAGGAAGACAGCAAAAGUAUAGACGAGGGCAAGUCCAACAAGAGGUGGCAGGAUUACCUGAAGAUUGCCACCUUCCCGACCGAGCUUCUUAGCCAUACCCCCAGCACCGGAGCCGCAUCACUGGAGGUUCUCGAAGGAACAGACGCAGCGGCCUCUGAAUCGCAGCUGAAUGGACCUCUCAAAUCACCAGCUAUUACACCCACCGACUCUGGCCUUGUCCCUGCGGCGAGCACAACCACGGCGGUGGACAAUGGAACGACGACGCCACCAUCCCAGCCUGAGGUGAUUCCCGAGCUGGUGCUCAAGGAGGACAGAGAGCCCGUCAAGCUUCUCCUCCAGCAGCUGAGCGAUGUUCACGAUGCGCUGCAGAGAGAGAAGAUGCCUCGGUGGAACGACUUCUUGCGCAAGGUCAGGGCCGAGCGGCGUCGCGAGGAGGAAGCAGCGAUCGCGGCCGCCAAUGCAGUUGCGGAAGCCCGGUACGAGAGACCGACGAUGAUUCUCCCGGAGACACGGGUCGCUGAUGGCGAAAUGAUUGGGAUCUCGAACCUUGGAAACAAGGGCAAGGUCGGCCGAGCCAAGUGGAACGAAUUCAAGAAUCUCGUCCUCGGUGGGAUCCCAGUCGCAUACCGCUCCAAGAUCUGGUCCGAGUGUUCUGGGGCUGCCUCGAUGCGGAUCCCUGGCUACUACGAGGAUCUAGUGGCUCAGAAGAGCGAGGAUGACGACCCGGUUGUCAUCAGCCAAAUCGAGAUGGACAUCAAUCGCACACUCACGGACAACAUCUUCUUCCGCAAGGGUCCAGGCGUCAAGAAGUUGAGGGAGGUUUUGGUGGCGUACGCGCGCCGGAAUAAGGACGUCGGGUACUGCCAAGGCAUGAAUCUCAUCGCGGCCAAUCUUCUCCUCAUCAUGCCUUCCGCAGAGGACGCGUUCUGGGUCCUCGCCUCCGUCAUUGAGAAGAUCCUUCCCCAGGGGUAUUACGACCACUCGCUCAUGUCGUCGAGGGCUGACCAGCAGGUGCUGCGACAAUACGUCUCAACAGUGCUUCCCAAGCUGUCGGCACACUUGGAUACCCUGUCUAUUGAACUUGAGGCUCUGACCUUCCAGUGGUUCCUCUCCGUCUUCACCGACUGCCUGUGCGCCGAGGCACUGUUCCGUGUUUGGGAUGUCGUCCUAUGUACUCACGACGGUAGCACGUUCCUGUUCCAAGUUGCCCUCGCCCUACUUAAACUCAACGAGGGAAAUCUCCUGCAGCGCCAGACGCCAGCAGGCGUGUACACGUAUAUCAACCACCACAUGACGGAGCAUGCGAUCAGUAUCGACAGUCUGAUGCAGGCCAGCGAAGCUCUGAGGAAGCUAGUCAAACGAGAGGAAGUGGAGCAGAUGAGAGAGAAAGCGAUCCAGGCGGAGAAGGAUGCUGCGGCAGCGCGAGACGGGUGGGUAAACGGAGUUGCGGUUGAACCAACAGUGAUGGAGGAGUGA